AUGGGGCAUCAUGUCAUAUAUGGUCUGAAUGCCCUAAGAACCACAAUAAGCAAUGUUAGAGCUUCAUGUAACGGGUCGGGAAGAGGGGCGAAAAAGAAGAAGGAACUACUUAAGGGACGAGGAAGAGCAUACAACAUGACUUUGGAGGAGGCUAGGGAGUCUCUUGACAUCGUAUUGGGUAUGUUUCUUGUAAACAAUGUUUAUGCUCAUGUGCUGUUUGAUUCAGGUGCAAAUGCUAGUUUCAUGUUUUCUACUUUCCGCCAUUAUUUAAAUAAGGAUGCUUGUAGACUAAGGAAGAGCUACAUUGUAGAAAUCGCUGACGGCAGUCAAGUUAAGAUAGAUGAAAUAGUUUAUGGAUGCACAAUCUGUAUAGAUGGUAGGGAAUUGCCUGUUAGGUUAAUGCCUAUGUGUUUAGGUGGUUUUGAUGUGGUUUUAGGGAUGGACUGGUUAUCCGAAAACCAAGCACAAAUUGUGUGCCACCAAAAGAAGAUCAAAAUCCAAACCCCUAAGGGGCAAAUGUUUCAUGUUUAUGGUGAUCAAAGAAAGUGUGGUACAAGAAUCAUCACCACACUAAAAGCAAGAAGGUGCCUUCGGAAAGGGUGCACUACUUAUCUAGCGUAUGAGAUCGACGCUAAGUCAGAAAAGAGAAUGGUACAAGGGGUACUAGUGGUGAACGAGUAUCCGGAAGUUUUACCAGAUGAACUACAAGGGGUACCAGUGGUGAACGAGUAUCCGGAAGUUUUAUCGGAUGAACUACUAGGACUACCAUCAGAACAUCAAGUUGAUUUCCAUAUUGACUUAAUACCAGGUGUGGCUCCUGUUGCACGAGAACCUUAUCGGUUAGCCCCAACAGAGAUGCAAGAGUUAAUGAAACAACUUCAGGAGUUGUUACACAAAGGGUUUAUCGGACCAACAACAUUCAUGGACCUGAUGAAUAGGGUAUGUAGGUCGUAUCUGGACAAGUUUGUCAUUGUCUUUAUCAAUGACAUUCUUAUUUACUCGAAAAGCGAAAAAGAGCAUGGGAAAUAUUUAAGAACUAUUUUGGAACUACUGAUGAGGGAGAAGUUGUAUGCCAAAUUUUGUGAAUUAUGGUUACGAGAAGUGCAGUUUCUCGGUCAUGUGGUCAACUUGGAAGGAAUUAAGGUGGAUCCGGCAAAGAUAGAGGCGGUCAUGGAUUGGGAGUUGCUAAAAUUUGCAUCCGAAAUCCGAAGUUUUCUGGGUCUAGCAGGCUAUUACUGA